CUGGAUCUCCAAAAUUGAUCCCUUUCUUUAAAAGGGGAGGUCUGCUCUCCCAUAUUCCUGUUGCAAUUAGUGGACGACCCGGGAGAGGAGAACCCAGAAGCCGCCGGUCACCCUACCCUAGUUCUUUAGGUAUUUUUCCCUCGCAUUUAUUUAUGUAGGGAUUAGGGAUUCUGGUCCUUGUCAAUUUCAUUCAAAGGUUUACGACUUUUUAGUGAUACCAAGCUGCUGAGUAACUUUCUAUUGAACUGCAGCGGAUGGCUGAGGAGGGUCACAGGGUUACUCUUAAUGUUUAUGAUCUAAGUCAAGGACUUGCUCGACAGCUUUCAUCAACAUUUUUGGGGAAAUCCAUUGAGGCUGUUUGGCACACAGGAAUAGUGGUUUAUGGUAAUGAGUAUUACUUUGGUGGGGGUAUACAAUAUUCUCCCGCUGGAUCAACUCCGUAUGGUACGCCCCUUAGAGUUGUAGAAUUGGGUGUAACACACGUGCCUAAGGAUGUAUUUGAAACUUAUUUAGAUGAAAUCAGUCCACGCUACACAGCGGAAACUUAUAAUUUACUUACACACAAUUGCAACAACUUCAGCAAUGAAAUUGCCCAGUUUUUGAUCGGCACAAGCAUUCCUGACUAUAUUCUACAGCUUCCUAAUGAAGUUAUGAGCAGCCCGAUGGGACAUCUUAUAUUGCCUAUGAUACAGAAUUUAGAGACGACAUUGAGAUCUGGUGCGGUUCCCCAAGUUCCCCAAUUUAAACCUUCAAUGGUGCCGCCUCGGGAUCCUGCCUCAUUAAGUACUGCGAGAACAUUAGGCAGCCCUAAGUUUUCUUCUGAGAAAAGUUCUUCCGGAGUGGUGCAUGUUGAAACGAAAGACAAGGUGGAGGGCCCAAAGGCAACGGGAAACGUGGUGCGACCUGCUGGGGGGAGAGAGAAAUCAGUCCCUAACGUAGUUGCGGGAGAUCCUCUUGGGGAAGCCCGCAGCAAGGUGCAAGAGGAGAUUGUCAGAGAGUUUGCAGCAAUAAUGGCAACUGGUACGAUGCGUGCUAGUGAGGCUGCAGCUCUAGCAACCAAGAGAGUGAUGCAGAGAUAUGGGCAGACGGCUGUGUCACAGAGCUAGCAUCAUGCAACUCUCGUCUCUUUGCUCUAGCUGGGGGAUAAACUGAUUCCCUAUGAAUGUCGACAUGGUGUUAUCAUUGUUCCUUGAUUUAUGUUACUUCAAGAUGAAUUAAUUAAGCCCCAGAAGAUGAAAAAAACAAAAUUGAUAUCUUCCCAAUAUAAUUCGGAUAAUGUCCUCGUUAAUA